AUGUCCGCCGCGGACUGGCGCGCCCGCGUCGCCUCGCACGACGACGCGGGCGCGCGCGCGGACGACGCGGUCGACCGCGCGGACGACCGCGCGGGCGGGGCGAUGCGUCGGGCGUGGAUGACGUGCGCGCGCGUCGUGGGCGCGUCGACGAAUUCGACUCGACUCCCUCGCGUCGACGCGGCGAAGCUCGAGCGCUUCAGCGACCGCGCGCUCGAGCGAUUGCGCGCGCGAUGCGCGCGGGCGCUGGAGAGCGUCGAGCGCGGGAUGGGCGACGCCGACGCGGCGGUGCGAGCGGCCGAAGUGCGAGAGGAUGUGGAAGAUGGACGAAACAGCCGCGGGAUGAUUUUCGACGAGAAAACGGUCGAGGCGCUCGCGAAGACGGUCGCGGUGGGGGAUAAAUCGAGACGAGAAGCUGUGAAUGCGAUGCGGGCGAUCGAUGCGGUGAUCGAAAGACGACGACGGCGACGAGAGACGCGGUACACGAGACGCAUCGAAGCGAUACCGCGAGACGCCACGCGGUUGAUCGACGAGUACGGCAUGCGCAGGUUCAUACAUCGAGGGAUCGACGUGGAGGGGUUGGACGAUGCUGUGUUCGAACGUUUCUUCAAUCGUUGCUUGGAGGGACUCGAGAACGAGGGUUUUGUGCAGGAGCGGUUGGUUCCGGUGGAUCACCUGGUGCGGCUCGUGAAGAGCGGACUUUGGGGGAUUUAUUGGAAGGAGUACGCCGACGGCGCCAUGAUGGAAGCUCUGAAGCAUGGGUGCAGUGGGAUCUCCAUUAGUCUGUACGCGAUCGGGGACACCGAUCCGCUCGGUGAGGACGCGUUCGAGGGGAUUCCAAGCGCUUCGACGCUCCUCUCCGGACCGAGCGCGUAUUUGUGGUGCCUGUUUCAGUUGAUGAUGCUUCCGGCUCUCGUGCUUCUGGGCGGAUUCUUGUUGCCGUCGGUGCGUCGGACGUUACACAUGGCUCGCUUCAUGUUCUCAUCGUCCUUGUGGCGCGCUAAACACGUGUCAUCGAGUUUCGUCGCACUGGCUCUGUGCUAUACGCCGUACUGGGGCCUGGGUAUGGCAUGCGUGAUUUUGUUUCUCGCCACAGAGACGUACGAACCGGGUACCGUUCUGGACGUAAUCGUACCGGCGACGUUAUCUUUCACCAUCACAUCCUUCGUCGCGACGUGCCUGGCUUCGGUGGAUGUGAAUCAGUAUAGCAAGAUGUCCGCGGUAACGUUAUUCUUCCCAGGCGGGAAAACGGAGCUCCCAGAUGGUGACAGUAAGUUGGUCCAAGAACAUCCUACGGUUGACACCCUUCGCGUGCGAGAAAUUCCUAUCGCGCUCCGCGUGCCGCAUAGCACGAUCGGAGCGAACGAUUCUGUCGACGAAUUACCCGAGAGGACGAAUGGUUUGUUGAAUGGUGAGAGCAAACGUAAGAACGGUAAGAGCGGCGACCAAGCGCCACGCUGGAUGGUAGAAAUGGGCGAAUUUGCGAGCAACCUGCAGGCAAAGACAGAGGUGUUCAACACACGCACAAAGUCGUCCAAGACGCACUCAACGAAACACGGUGCACAGAACGCGCGCCGGGACGUGCACGCCAAAGAUAGUAUCGAAGAUAUCAUCGCGAAGAACAAAUUGCUGCAGUUGAAAAGCAUCACAGAAGCAGAUGUCGUAAACGCGCUGCUACAGCGGACGAAUGAAGAGAUUUUGCGAACUUAUUGGUUUAGAGUUAAGAGCACAUGGUUCCAACAAGCGAGUUUUCUGUUGAUGGCGAUCGUACUUUCGCUGCUUCCAUUCCUACUUCGCAGGGUUUCGUACAACUUGUCAGCGUUCGGUCAGCCCAAACAGAGUGGAUUUUGCAUCCGUGAUAGCGUGCAUGGAUUCAUACCGUCUUUCGUGGGACUGCAAUCGUGUCCAGCUUCCGUCGAUAUCACAAGGGGAUUCGUCCACGCAUUUACAACGGACGUCAGCACAAUGGACGGCACUUCUGGAAACACGAGCAUCAUCAUCGCAUUUUGUUGGAAUGUGAUGACCCUGCACGUGAUCUUCGUCACUUCGCGUUGGAUCUGUUCGUGUACAUAUCAUCGCAUGUUAUAUUGGUUGUUUUUCCAGGCGUCGACGGAUCCAUCGACGGCUACAUCAUAUGACGUCCCAUACGUGAAUCUCUGUCAGGCAUGGUUACCGUGGAUUCGCAUCCGAAUGGUCGUGGAGGAUCACAGAGAGCUCGAACAGUACUGGUGCCAGUAUUAUCUCACACACUUCGUCGCUUUAGUCAGCGGUAUCCUGAUCGUGGGCAUGGCUCAAAUUCUUCGGCUGUUCUUCAUGUAUGAUUUCACCUCAAUCGCGUCGCCUGAAGUUCACGCGCCGAUUUAUCCUCUCAUCGUGUCCACCGUUCUGACCAUUCCGAUCAUCAUCCUCACUUCCACCGCAGCCAAGGUACAAAUGAUUCAGGAACGGGACGUGGUGAACGUGCAAGAGGCGCGAUGGAAGCUCUUCCUUGACAACUCCACCAUCCUCAACGCGGGCAUGGAAAAGGACAAGGCCGACAUCGUCAACAGAAACAAACGCUCCAUCGAGGGUCUUCAAGAGCUCGAACGCAUCCUCGAACGUCGCAACGCCGACGCAUGGCCUAGUAUAUUCGGAUUCAGGAUCGGCGAAGGAGCGAAAACUGCGAGUUACGCCCUUGGAUUCAUCUCUGCCGCGCUCGCCGCGUGCGCCAUCGCCAUCGACGCCUUCCAGGGAGCUCGGAGCAACUCCAACAACGUGAACGUUCGCGACAUGGUGCGCCUCGGCAUCGCGCAUCUCACCGCGAUCAUUCGCACCAACCACACGUCCUCAUGA